AUGCUGAUCAAGGAGCUCGUUUCAUCAUUCCAGUUUCAAAAAGUCCUUAAAUCGGAUCCACAAACGAAAACGCUUGCUGUCUUGGGCUCAAUUGACGGGAAGGAUGCCAUAGUCCAGUUCGAGAAGUCCUCGUUCAAUGUAACAGAUGAGAUUGAUAUCAACAGGCUCAUAGAGACUUUGGAGCUAAUUCAGAAUAAUGACAUUUACUACUGGUCUCUGGCCAACCUUGCUCAAGAAAUCAAGCAACGUCCUGGUGCUAAGGUCAACUUGAUCUACCCGGCUACUGAAACCCACAUCUUGAAGUUCUCCACGCAGAAAUACCAUGUUGUGAAAGAAACUCCCGAGCUUUACGAAAAGGUUGUAGCUCCAUUUAUCGAAACCCAAAAGGGCGAGAGAAUUCAAUGGGUUCAUAACAUACUCUUCCACGGCCAAGAGUCUGAGAGUGUAAUCUACCACGAUAGAGACCCUGUAAAGGGCUUUGUGCUUCUUCCGGACAUGAAGUGGGAUAGAAUCAGUAUGGACGCUCUAUACUUGAUGGCAAUUGUUCAACGCACAGACAUUUCAAGCGUUCGUGACCUCAAUUCUACUCAUAUAGAAUUUUUGGAGAAUCUCAAGGACAAAGCAAAGAGGGUGAGCUCAGAAAAAUAUAAUGUUCCUGAAGACGAACUACGCAUCUUCAUCCACUAUCAACCUUCAUACUACCACUUUCAUGUUCAUCUAGUCCGCUUGUCGCAUCCCGGCCUUGGAGAUGGAUUAAACGCUGGCAAGGCCAUGUUACUCGAUGAUGUAAUCGAGAAUCUAAAGCUUGUUCCGGACUACUACAAGAAGCGCACAUUAACUUAUGUUCUUGGAGAGAAUCACAAACUUUGGAAAGCGAUGCAAGAUGCUGAUGAUAAUUAG